CCCAGGAAGCUGUGGCUGGGGCGCGAAGGUAUGGAUGAUUCGCGGACCCAGGAGACCAUGGGCGCCUCCAGGCUCUACACGCUGGUGCUGGUGCUGCAGCCUCAGCGAGUUCUGCUGGGCAUGAAGAAGAGGGGCUUUGGUGCUGGCCGCUGGAAUGGCUUCGGGGGCAAAGUGCAGGAAGGAGAGACCAUUGAGGACGGAGCUAAGAGGGAGCUGCAGGAAGAGAGUGGCCUGACAGUAGAUGCACUGCUCAAGGUGGGCCACAUCUCAUUUGAGUUUGUGGGUUCCGAGGAGCUGAUGGAUGUGCAUGUCUUCUCUACUGACCAUGUGCAUGGGACGCCCACAGAGAGUGACGAAAUGCGCCCUCAGUGGUUCCAACUGGACCAGAUUCCCUUUGCAGACAUGUGGCCUGAUGACAGCUACUGGUUCCCACUCCUGCUUCAGAAGAAGUAGUUCUGUGGGUACUUCAAGUUCCAGGAUCAGGACACCAUCCUUGACUACUCGCUUCGUGAGGUGAAUGAACUCUAAUACAGAGGUCUGGUGGGUUCCAGCCACACUCAGGUUGCUACACAGCCACAAGGUGUCAGUCCAAGCCUACCACAGGAAAGGCUGAUAUUUUCUGUUGCAGAGUGUUGGGGUUGGAAAUGUGAAAUGUCACUGAUACGAUACUAUGCUUGAUUACUUCAUCUCCUGUUUUGGAAGGUUGUAGCCCCUUAGGAACAAUGAGGGAACUGAGUCAGUCACUGGGAGUCAGAGAGAUGUGGGAUGGGCCCUAAGGUUUUAUAAUUAGGUCCCACUUUCUGUCUGCUCUCUGCUUCCUCAUGAUGUGGCCAGCCGUGUCAGUCUUACCACUGUGCCUUAUCUACCAUGAUGGACUGUAUCCCCUCGAUUGAUCCAUGAGCCAGAAUAAACCUUUGCUCCCCUAA